AUGCUCAGAAAGCAGCUGCGCACAGCGCUGGGCGCAAGGUUCCGCUGCACGUCCUGCAGCCGCCUGCAAGCGGUCCGUAGACAUGCCGCUUCAGGGGGAGGCACCGAACGUGUCGAUGCGGCGUCUGAGGCCCCGGAGGCCAAGGCUGCCGAGCAGGCUGAGGCACAACGUCGGCUCUUCCAGGCGUCAGCCGGUGCGAUGUCCCUUCACUAUUGCCGAGACCAUGGGAUGAACAGCAUCUCGCGGUUUCUGCGCAAAAUCACCAUCGACAUGAGUUACAGCUUCAGACACUGGCGGAGGCACCAGCGUGCUACGCGGCACUUGCUGCUGUGGACGCCCUCGAAAAUCUUAAAGUCUGACAACAUACGUCGACUGAUUUUUCCAGAUCUGGCCCUCAUUGGUGCAACAUCCAGUUUUGUGUGCUACUACAACGUGAAUUCUGAUUUGGUUGCCAGCAUCGUUGGCCGAAGCUUCGACCUGGCACUGCCAAGCUUGCUGUCGCUUCCGGUCGAGUGCUUCACCUUGACUUCUGUGGCUUUGGGCUUGCUUGUGACCUUCAAAACCCAGACCAGCUAUCAGCGGUUUACCGAAGGUCGCUCACUUUGGGGUCUGCUCAUCAAUGAGUCCCGGGCGAUGGCGAGCAGGACCAUGGCGAGGGUGCCCUCGUCGACAGGAAUCUUGUCUUCGGAUGUUGCGGACGGGAAAACGUAUGCCAUCAAGCUGAUCAGGACCCUGCCGGUGGUUCUGAAAUAUCACUUGACCGAAGACGGAUGCAAUCCGAAUAUCGAAAUCAAGCAGUGGACUUCGGACCAGCAAAUCCGACAGCAAACCACCGCAGCACUCAAAUGCGAGCUUCAGCAACUUUGGAAUCCCUACGAUGCAAAACAGAACAGCUUUACAGAACGGCUGGUUGAGGCCGAUGUGGCCAACCGCCCUCUGUAUGUGUUGCAUGAGCUGCAACAUACCUCCGCCAGCAUCUUCGCCCAGCCAACCCUCGGAGGCCUGGAUGCAGUUGCAGCGACGGAGAUGGACCGCAGCCUCACCACCUUCCACAAUGUCCUUGGAGCAUGCGAGAAGAUCCUCCGGACACCGAUAUACACGCCGUACACGAGAUUUACGAGUCGCUUUCUUUUUAUGUGGUGCAACUUCCUGCCAUUAGCAAUGUAUCCAGUGGCUGGACCUGCGCUAACCGUCCCGGUCACGCUGGUGACGAGCUUCUUCAUGCUCGGCAUAGAGGACAUUGGCUCCAGGGUCGAGCAGCCAUUCAACGUGUUGCCACUGUGGCAGUACUGCCAAACAAUCGACCAGUCCUGCUUGCAAAUCGUCAGGCAUCACGACCUUUUGGAGCAGAGCGACCAUGCGAUCGGCGAAGAUGAUCUGCACGAGUUUGACUGGGAUGUUGAAUCCUUGGGGUCCUACGUCGAUCCACUGGCCACCAGCCACAAGAAGACCUGA